ACUGUAUGUCCCAAAGAAAUCCUGGUUUUUGGUGCUCUGCCUUACUGUUCUCAUUUCAUUCUCAAAAGUUUGACCUAAAUAUCUGAUACAUUUUCACAUAGUCACACUUUUGUCUCGUGCUUAAUAUACAGAAAAGCUGUUUUGUCUUCGUCUUCACUCAUAUUGCAAUGUUCAGCCAUCUCCAAAGUGAGUGUCUUGAUGUUCUGGAUGUGAGUGGACUACAGACCACUCACUGCAACUCCCUCCCUUCUUCCUAACUUCUCCCCCUUCUCCCCCUUUUCCUUGUGUGUCCACACCCAUUCUUGGGACAUUUACCAAACUACAAUGUUUAUGACGUGUUCAAAUAGGGGGAUUUUAUGACCCUAGGUGUGGUCUUAGACAGUCCCAGAUCUCUGAAUUUUACUUUAAUUUCAGAUAGGAAUUAGGUGUUAAAUUUGUUUGGUCAAUACCGCAGACUGCUCUUAUAUUUCAAUAAACAAACCUGCAUCAGGAAUUCAUAUGUGAAGCAUUACAAACUGCAUUGUGAGGCUUAUUCUGUGAGUCUCCGUUACCAGAAUUUUGCUUGCGUCGACUAGGUGGCAAAAUGUUUGGCAUAGUGCAGUCUGCUCUUAUCGCAUCACUAAACAACCCUGCAAAAGAAAGACGUGUGAAGCAUUUGCAAACAGCACCGUGAGGCUUACUUUGUGUGAACUUUUCUUUCUAUUCAGUUUUAACAACUGUUUAAUCCAGGCAAUAGAGGCAAACAUGAAUUCAACCACAGAAGAAUACAGCUAUAAUGAUGCAGACAGCUCUUACGAAGACAUCCUGAAGUUACAUACUGAAGACACACAUCCUGAACAUUGCAGGGAAGCAGCAUGCAUAAUCACAGCUAUUUUAAAUGUGAUCAUUUUCCUACUUGGCAUCACUGGAAAUGGAGCAGUGAUCUGGAUUGCAGGUUUUAAGAUGAAGAAGUCCGUUAACACCACUUGGUACCUGAGCUUGGCUUUGUCUGACUUCCUAUUCUGCAGUAUUAUUCCUUUUAUCAUUAUCAGAAUUGUAAGAAACAACUGGAUCUUUGGGCUCUUCAUGUGCAAAUUCACAUCCUUUGCAAUGUUCCUCAAUAUGUACAGCAGCAUUUUCAUCCUCAUCGUCAUAAGUGUGGACUGCUGUGUGACCGUCAAGUUUCCGGUUUGGGCCCAGAAUCGACGCACUGUAACAAAAGCCUCUGCUGUUGUUGUGUUGGUUUGGCUAAUGUCUGCUUUUCUUAGUAUACCAGCAUUCAGAUUCAGAGAAAUCCAUAUUAGCCCAACAAAAGGAAUUCAAUGUGGUAACAACUAUGAGCAUCACCACACAACUAUUGUGCUCAUACGAUUUAUUUGUGGGUUUUUGAUUCCAUUCCUAAGUAUUUGCAUCUGUUACUCUAUCCUAAUCUGUAAACUUAGGGUGAACCAAUUGUCCAAAUUCACCAAGCCCUACAAGAUCAUGACACUACUGAUAACAAUUUUUUUCCUAUGCUGGUUGCCAUAUCAUAUUGUUUCUAUAAUAGAGCUGAACCAAUCUAAGCAUGGCCAUAACCUUGACAUAGCCCAACAAGUAACUGCUACUCUUGCCAGCUCAAACAGCUUUCUAAACCCAUUCCUCUAUGCAUUCAUGGCAAAGGACUUAAAGAAGAAACUCUGCUCAUUUCUGUCAAAGAUUGAGAGUGCCAUUGAUGAGGAGACCCGAAGUGCUUUUACAGGAACUUAAAUUACCAAUUCUGGGGAUCACAGACUUUACACUGCUGUCUGAAAAUGUGAAAGAUUAUUUUAACAUGUCUGUUAAGCAAGCCAGACUGGGGUUUUAGUAAAUCAUUUUUACUCAUAGAAAUAUAUUUUACAGCUCUUUUUUCAUGCAAAUCUACAAUAACAAAUAUAACUCCAUUCAUGCUCCAACUAUUUUAAUUCUUUGCAUUUGGUGCAUGCAAAAUAAAUACACAUAUGACGUGUAAUUCUUAAAGGAAUAGUUCACCCAAAAAUGUAAAUUCUGUCAUAAUUUAGCCACCGCCAUGUCGUUUCAUGCAUUAGUGGCUUACUUUCUUCUGUGCAACACAAAGGCAGAGAUGUUAGGGACUCCGAGCCUCAGACACCGUUCACCUUUAUUGUAUUGAAAAACAAUGCAAAGAAAGUGAAUGGUGACCGAGACUGUCAGUCCCUAACAUUCAGCCUUUUGUGUGCUAUGGAAAAAAAGAAAGGCAUAUUGGUUUUGGAACAACAUGAGGGUUAUAAGCAGAGGUGGGUAGAGUACCAAAAUAUUUACUUAAAUAAAUAUAUAAAUAUAUAUAUACUUAUUUUUUUUUACUUAAGUAGAACUAAAUGUAGUUAUGUAAAAAACUACUCAAGAGUAAGAAAGUAUCAAAUUAAAAUAAUACAUUUUUUCAUUAGAAAUUUACUUGAGUAAGAGUGUAAAGUACUCAUAAAUGUAAAUCGAUCCAAAAAGUUACUCAAGUAAAUGUAAUGGAGUAAAUGUAUCACGUUACUACUCACCUCUGGUUAUAAGCCUAAAUGAUGACAUAAUUGACAUUUUGGAAUUAACUAUCCCUGUUGAAAUAGAAGUGAUACUUGCAAUCUUUCAAUGUUGUGCGGCACUUCUGCUCUUAAGCAUUAAAACAUUUAUUUACAUGAAUUUGCUUGCAUGUGGCGAGGUGUUUUUCUUAACUUCAUACUUUGUUUCUUAUUUACUGAUUAUAGUGUUGAUUUGCAGUUGUCAUUUAAAAAGCUUCACAAGCAUUAAUGAAUGAAGUACAACUCAGAACAUUUCGAAAAGAAACAAUAUUAUAAUGGCAACAUGAACUUAAUGUAGAUUCUUUGGCACUGUAGGGAUGAUUAACAGUCUUAACCAAUCUGCAGUGUUGUAUAAAAUAUCCAAUCGUCAUGCAGAUAAGAUAUUUUAUGGAAAUUGUCUUGUAAUGUUCUGAGUGCUCAAAAUAAAUAAAUAAAACAGUCCACAACACAAUGGAACAUCAAAG